AGGAUAGAUCCACGUGGCCGCUUCCCAGGGCUGGAAGCAGCUGAUCUCGGCCACCGGAAUCAGCUGAUCUCGGCCACCCCAAGCAGCUGACCUCAAUCACCGGAAGCAGCUGAUCUCGGCCACCGGAAGCAGCUGACCUCAAUCACCGGAAGCAGCUGAUCUCGGCCACCGGAAUCAGCUGAUCUCGGCCACCCGAAGCAGCUGACCUCAAUCAUCGGAAGCAGCUGAUCUCGGCCACCGGAAGCAGCUGACCUUAAUCACCGGAAGCAGCUGAUCUCGUCCACCGGAAGCAGCUGAUCUCGGCCACCGGAAGCCCCGGCCGUCCACCCACGUGGCACGCCACGUGCUCCGACCGUGACGGGCAACGAAAGGCAAUGGAAGUGCGACCCGCGGGAAGCGAGGACGACGAUUACGACGACGAUUACGACGACGAUCAAUGGGACUGGGGCGACCCGCCCAGGGUGCCGUUAGCCGUCGAGCUCCCACCCUGGACACGCGAGCACAACAUUGAUCCGACUGGGAGAGCGAGGACGGCGAGCGGCAGUCCGGCAAGCGGCGGUGGGCAUUGCCGCGGUGAAAAUGCCGAGCGUGCCGGUGCCCGCAAGGCCUUCGCCGCUGGGAAGCCGUGCCUCGUGGCCAAGGUGGGUGCGGCCCGGCGGGACGCGAUGGGUGGCAGCAGCAGCAGCAGUGGCGUCAGGACAAGGAGGGCAGCAGUGGUGAGAGCUGAGGGCAGGCUGCUCUCGCUGGAGGACACGAGGGCAGCUGCCAUGGCCGGAAACCAGGAGCUCGUGUGCGAGGCGCUGGACGCGGGCGUCGACGUGAACGCAGUUCUCUCCUCCGGCUGGUCCCUGCUGAUGUACGCCGCCGUGUGUGCCAACCCGGCCCUGGUGAAGGUCCUGCUGGCCCGUGGCGCCAGCGCUCACUUCGCCACCGAAGGUGGCUACACGGUGCUGAUGGCCGCGUGCGCACCUUCUCACCGUCCGGCGGGAGACGCGGUGGCGUGCGCCGCCCAGCUUCUCCGGCACGCGCUCGACACCAACGUCACCGACAGGAUGGGGAUGAGCGCCGUGAUGUACGCUGCCCGCGACGGUUACCAGGACUCGGUGCAGUUGCUGGGACAGCACAGCACAGACGUCAACUUGCAGGACCAGCACGGGUGGACCGCCCCCGCGAUCGAAGCUCUGCCCUCGGCCCGAUUGCAGGCGCUGCACUGGGCCGCGAGCAGAGGCCACGAGGCGUGCCGAAGACGCCUGGAGGAGCUCGGUGCGGACGUCGCCAUCAAAACCAACGGCGGCUUCUCCGCCGAGGAGCUGGCGCUCCAGUUCAGCAAGGUGCAGAUCGUGCUCGAGUCUUACAAGGAGUCGGGGACGUGCAAGUUCACGGCGCCUACCAACAAAAUAAGCGCUGUCAGCACCAAGGCUUUGGAAUUGAAAAUCAGAAACAAGCUCAAGCUUGACGAUCUCAAGCAGUUCUUAUUUGGGCUCGACCUUGGACACCUCGUCCCGCUCUUUCAGGCCCGGGAAGUUACGCUGAGUAGCCUCCUCACCAUGUCUGACCAAGAGCUGUCCGAGUUGGGUGCGAUGCAGACGGGAGAGCAGAGGAAGAUUCUCGCGGCUACACAUAAGCUGCACAUGAGCAGGUGGGAGUCGGGAAGCAUCCCUGACAUCACCAAGCUACCAGUCAGCUUCGAAGGGACUAUUACCUUGCUGGUGAACAUGGAGUUGCAAUGCAACUACAUGCAGAGCAGCCUGGAGUACCUUUGCAAGCACAGCAUGAGCGAUCUCUCCUUGCUCAAACCUGUCAAGUUUUACAGAGCCGUGUCGUCGUCCGUACAGAUUGCAUCUCUCAAACGCUGGGAAACCACAGACGACAAGGCUGGAAGACGGCCAGGUCGAUGUGGAGUACAAUUCCACGCAGCUGCUGCUAGAUCAGAUGGAGCGCGGAAUGAGCGCCGCCCAGGCCCUGCACCGGCAAGCGGCCACGCUGCUCAACUCCGUGCGGGAGUGCCGCACGGAUUCGCCGACGCCUGCCGAUUUCAUCGCCUCGAAACGGAAGCGCCGCUUCGUGUCGCCAGGGGGAGCCGCGGCGCUGCUGUUGCUCCUCGCCGGGGCCGCCGGGGCCGCCGCCGCGCUCCUCGCCUGGAAGCGCGGCUCUGCCGUCUCGAGCGUCUCCGUGCCAGCGGCCCGCGUCUGACGACGGGAGGACAAGGCCCCGCAGGGUUGGGGUGGGCGGGCGGUGGGGGCGCUCUCCGGAUUUUCAGAUGAAAAGAAACGUGCGAAAUGUUGAGGCGGUCUGGGGGAUUGUUUCCGUUUGUUUGUUUGUUUGUUUUACGGAUUGAUCGGAAACCGGAAGGUGACGCCGCUCGUUGGCGCGCGGUAGCCUCGGCGGAAUUUAACCCCCGAGAACGACGUUUCACGUGGCGUCUUGGUGACCGGUCCGCUUUCGUUGGCGAGCAGACGUCGCUCGCAUGUGUUUUGAACUUCUUUCCCACCGUACAUAGCCAACCGUGCCAAUCGUAGGCGCGGACCGAAAUUUCUAACGAAUGUAACUGCUAAAAUGUCGAUGCUUCAUUCGUGAAAAAAAGCCAUUCCAGAAGGCAAGUUUGACAAAACAGUUUUUUCAUGUUGUUUUUUUUUAGGGUAAUUGUGGAUGAUUUAUAAUAAUUGGCUAAACGGUACGAUUCUUAAUAGAUAUAUACCUUUUUGCAGGUUAGGCCACGAAAUUAUCUUAGCAAAGUUUUUAUUGUUGUUGCGGAACCCUCCACCACCCGACGCAGCAAAGUGACAGAAAUCAACUCCGAGUCGUACCGGCUACGAAAAUCCCCACGCGGGCAGGAGGGAACGGCGCUUGUUGGACGAAACUUUGCCGUGCGUGCACGAGAACGUGACACUCCGCAAAAAAAAAAUACACAGCGCCAUACGUUUGGCUUCCAAUGCAGCGAUAACCCCGAAUUACGUCUCCCUUCUCCCCCUUUGAUGUCGUUUUGUAACGUACCGCGAAGGAAUAUGCACCCUAAGGAUGUUCGCUUUGUUUUAAUCCAUGGGUAAUGUAGCUUUAGAAUGUUUGUUUUUAUGCUCCAACAUCACAUUCGAUAACAGUAAAUAAAUGUUGCGGCGUUUUUUUGUGGAAU